ACGAGCGAGUAAGUUACGGCAAACACACAAGACGUCGUCUACAAUGCUGUGUUUUUACAAGAAAAUGCACGCGUGUCAGUGGCGAUAAAGGACAGUCUGUUGCUCGAUAUGUGGUUGUUUUUUCAUCGGUCUGUCGCAGUCGCACGCAUUGGACUUAUGUGACAGGGUCACAUUUUAUGUCAGUCCCCUCAGACAUGGACCAUAAGGAUGCAUUUGCAGCGUUGCAGGCGGUAUGUUCGGAUGUGAUCAUUGCUCUAAAUGGAUCCCCCAAUUCUUCACAUGGUGACUACACCGAUCGUAUUUUGGGAGUGAUGAGGCAGAUUCAGGAACACGGCCGUUCUGUCGAACCAUUGAUCACUGGCUUUACUUCUGUAUAUCACCACUUUGACUUAGAUGCUGAGACACCCGGCAAUGGAUAUCGAACCUUAGUGAAGGUUGUACUUUCCUGCACCACCCACAUCACCCAGAAAGCCCGUUACAUCGCCUCAAACUGCAGCGGGCCAUUUUUUCGAAUGGAGCACAAUGCAGCAGAAAUGGAGGCAUACUGUAGUGCCCUGUGUCAGCUGCGGGCAUUGCUUUACCUGGCACAGGGUUUGUUAAAUGACAAUGCCCAUGGGCAGCUCUUGUCACAGGAGGAAGGGGGGCUGAGUAAGAAAUUUGUACAAGAAUACAUCUCCAUGCACAAGGCUUGUUUCUACGGCCGCUGCUUGGGCUUCCAGUUCUCCCCUUCUCUCAGGCCGUUUCUGCAGACAGUGGUCAUCAGUAUGGUGUCCUUUGGUGAAAACUACAAGAAACAGCAGACUGGCCUAGGCAUAGCUGCUCUCUCUUUCUUCACAUCCGGCAAAUAUGUGAUGGACCCUGAGCUGAGGGGGUCGGAGUUUGAACGCAUCACUCAAAACUUAGACAUGCAGUUUUGGAAAAGCUUUUGGAACAUUACUGAGACUGAGUUGUUAUCAGGUUUGUGCAGAAUUGCUUCCAGUGUGGUGCAGGUGAAUCUAACAUUAACUGUGCCAGGUGAAGCUUUGAGUUUGCCACUCGCCUCUGACCCCAGUCUCUCAGUCUCAGUAUUGCCUCCAGUUGCCCAUUGGGGCCCGGGGCCAGUCAACAUGCGUCUGAUAUCACACACACUCCGCCAAGGACAGGACAGUGCAGAACUGUUGGCAUUUUCUCGACCUGAAGGACCACAGUUAUCUCUACCUGUCACUUUUAAUCGUCAAACGUCUCCUCUCUCUCCGUGCCUGCUCAUACACUUCCACGGAGGAGGUUUUGUUGCACAAACUUCAAAAUCACAUGAGAAUUACCUGAAGAGCUGGUCAAAGGAUCUGAACGUGCCUGUUCUCUCGGUGGAUUACUCUCUGGCUCCAGAGGCCCCAUUCCCCCGAGCUCUAGAAGAGUGUUUCUACGCUUACUGUUGGGCUUUGAAAAACUGCCACUUGCUGGGCUCGACUGCAGAACGUGUUUGUUUUGCGGGGGACAGUGCAGGUGGGAACUUGUGUAUAACCGUCUCUAUGAGGGCGAUAUCUCACGGCGUACGUGUUCCUGAUGGGAUUGUGGCAGCAUACCCAGCGACUCUUCUAACAACAGAUGCAUCACCAUCCAGGCUGCUAACGUUGAUUGAUCCUCUGUUGCCUUUGAGUGUGCUGUACAAAUGCAUUGACGCUUACGCUGGUACAGGCAGUCAGACAAUACAACCAGCAAUGCAGUUGGACACCCUGGCUGCUUUAGGACAUGAUACGAUGAAGUUGCUUAAUAGUAUCACCCAAAGAGCGAACACUUGGUUUCUAUCUUUAACAGAACAAAAAGAACCAUCAUUACCUUCUUCCACCACAUCAUCCAAUGGGAUUUUAACAUCCGCUCCACGCACCGAAGACAGGCCACAGGAAUCCAGAGAAUACCCAGAAAACUUUGAGCCAAUCCGCUCCAGGUGUCUAGUAGAUUUACAGACGCCUUGCACACCAAUAAUGAAGAACCCAUUCGUGUCUCCUCUACUUGCGCCAGACAACCUUCUCAAGGGCCUUCCACCGGUGCAUCUAGUGGCCUCUGCUUUGGAUGCCCUGUUGGAUGAUUCGGUGAUGUUUGCCAAAAAGCUGAGGAAUAUGAAUCAGCCAGUGACACUCAGUGUGGUUGAGGACCUCCCUCAUGGCUUUCUGAGCUUAGUUCAGGUCUGCAAAGAAACCCAGGAAGCAUCUGACAUAUGUGUGAAACGAAUCAGAGAAGUCUUACAGCAAGAGGAACCAUCUCCUGCUCAUAGGCAGCCAGGGCUCAAUUAGACCAUCAGAAAGUCCUGAUGGUCCAUUGGGUUGCAAUUAAAAACAGGGAAUUAAGAACUAUGUAUGAAUCUUGACAAAAAACAAAAAAUUAUUUAAAAAAGGAAGACGUGUCAGUUGUCAGCACCCAUUAUGACAACACGGUGUAUGGGAAGCUCAAAACUUCACUGAACUUCUGGAAACAUACAUGCACUUGUUAAAUACUUGUACCAAAGUAUUUCAUUUAUGUUUUAUUACAAACGAGCUAUUCAUAAUGACCAGUCACUGUACUGAUCGAAGUGAAUGUCUGAAGCACCAUUGUGCCUUUACUGAAGCUAUAAAAUCUAUCCAGGCCACACAUUAACACCAAAGCAAAUGACACUGUUGCCUUUUAUGUGUGUUAUAUUUUGUUUUUAUCUGCAAUUCAAAUGAUUUGGUUUAAAUAUUGUUUAUUCUGAGUUAAGGUAUAGAAAGUAGUUUUACAAUUCACAAUCCACAUGUUUGUGUGUGAUACUUGUGUGCGGCCUUCCAUUAGCUAUACACAUUUGGCUUAAGACUAGUCCCAGACUAAAAUGAAAAUUCGAGCUGUCUUAACUGAAAAUAAAUUGCCCUGACCUAUCUUAAAAUAUGUCCUUGCCAUUGUUUUGUCUCAAGAUGCACACCAAUAAUGUUUUUAUCUAAGGCAUUUUAAUAAAAGCCACUUAAAUAUCCUAAUUUAACUAAGGCCUAGUCCUGGUUUAAGAUAAGCUGUGUCUUUGAAACUGGGCCACUGUGUCCUUAUACUGUUGUCUACAACUGAGCUGUGUGUUUAACACUUUACCUCAUUACAUUUUAUUUAAAAAACUGGUCAGAUGCACCAGAAUCUUAUGCUUAAAGGAAUAGUGAACCCCAAAAUAAAAAAAUUCUGUCAUCAUUUACUCACCCUCGAGUUGUUCCAAAUCUGUAUAAAUGUCUUUGUUCUGAUGAAGACAUAGAAAGAUAUUUGAAAGAAUGCUUAUUACCAAACAGUUCGUAGCCACAAUUGACUGCCAUAGUAGAAAAAAAUGCUUUAUGCUUUUCUUUGUUCUGUUGAACACAAAAGAAGAUAUUUUGAGGAAUGUAGGAAAGCAAACCGUUAUGGGGUACUUUUGAUUACCAUUGUCAUCUUACUACUAUGGUAGUCAAGUCAGUGCUGUUUGGUUACAAGCAUUCUUCCAAAUAUCUUUCUCUGUGUUAAUCAGACAAAGACAUUUAUACAGAUUUGGAACAACUUGAUGGUGAGUAAAUGAUGACAGAAUUUUUAUUUUUGGGUGAACUGUCCCUUUAAAUGUUUUUGGACAUGAACUAUUCGAACUGUGACUAGUUUCCAGUUUUGGUUAAAAUGCAGUACAUUAAGCAUAUAUAGGCUGAAAUUGUUAAAGAAAAAUAAAGUAAUUAAACUAAAAACAUGAUGUGUAUUUGUUGCCACAUGAUUUCAAAGAUGUUCUAUAUUUUGAGUUCCUGAGUUGAAUUGAAUAACAGAUGCAAUAAUAAAUAAUCCAUUGUCUUUUUGCAUGACUAAACACUGAGUAUUCUUGAUUGGAAUUAUAAUUCUAUGUACCAGUUUGACUGUUGGACCCCAUCUGACCUUCAGUCAAUCCUUGACCUUCACAGUAAUGACCUGUUUUAGUGUCAUUAUUUUACCCUGCAACCAACCUCAACUCCCACAUGCUGCUGAUAGAGUAUUGUUUUAUUGUACUAAAAUCAAAUAAA